GGCAAUCAUUCAUUGAAAUUCAGUGUUUUCUAUCCAUUUCGUUAGUUUAGGGACACGUAAGAUAGUUCGAUCGACUCAACAAAACGUAAAGAAGUACGUUCAAACUGUCGUGAACGCAAAUUCGUCGUGUGUCUUUUUCGGAACAAAAGAAAACAAAAAAAAAAAUAAUUUGUAAAAAAUAUUUUUUACGUCAAAAUAAAUACUAAUUAGAAGAAGAGCAUUUAAAGGGCAAUGGAUUCUUUUGACGAGACAAUUAGUCCGAGUCAGACAGUAAAGGUACAACAAUUUCAGGAGAUCACAGGUAUUGACGACGUAAAUCGAUGUCGUGACAUUCUUAUAAGAAAUGGAUGGGAUCUUGAAGUAGCAAUGCAAGAAGAAAUGAAUUUGCGCGAAGGAAGACCAAGUUUGUACGCAACAGAAUCUCGUCCUCCUGCCGUUAUAAAUGACAGAUUCUUACAGCAGGUGUUUACAACAAAAGCUCCCGUUGGACCUCCUCAAGGCUUUGGAGGAUUGAUUGGAUAUGUCGUAAAUUUGGUUUUCAACUUUUGCUACAGUACCUUGACACAAAUCUUUACGACUUUUAUAGAUAUAUUUAGAGGACAAGAAAGAAUUGUAACAGACCCCGUGCAAGAUGUUUUGCAAUUUAUCCAAACAUUCAAGGAAAAAAAUCCCAUUCAUCCAGUCUUCUAUCAGGGCACGUAUUCGCAGGCGUUGAACGAUGCAAAACGUGAACUGAAAUUUCUGCUUAUUCUGAUACAUUCGGAGCAGAAAACAGAAUCGGUAAACUUUUGUCGUGAUACAUUGUCGAAUCCCGAAGUCAUUGAAUACAUCAACCAUAAUAUGAUACUAUGGGGUUGUGAUGUUGCUUCUCCCGAAGGUUUUCGUGUUUCACACUCCACAAAUGCCCGUAAUGUUUAUCCAACGAUGCUUAUGAUUUGCUUGCGCAACAACAAAAUGACGAUUGUUGGGCGUCUCGAAGGAAAUUGCACGCCCGAAGAAUUGCUUCGUCGCAUUCGGAGUGUUGUACAGGAAAAUGACAUUUAUUUGACGCAACAGAGACUUGAUCGUCUCGAACGUAGUUUAAAUCAAAGCAUUCGACAACAACAAGAUGCUGCCUACGAGUUAUCUCUGAAAGCGGAUCAAGAGAAGGAACGGAAAAAACAGGAAGAAUUAGCGAAACAAAAACGCAUCCAAGACGAAUUGGAAGCUGAAAAGCAAGCAGAGCAUCAACGAAAAGUCGACAUUGAGAAUAUGAAAUUGGAAUUGGCAUCCACAGUGCCUUCUGAACCUCUUGCGACAGAUGAGGGUGUCGUUAUGCUUGUCUUCAAAUUACCUUCUGGCGUUCGACUCGAAAGGAGAUUCUUGUCAAAGCACUCUUUGAAGGAUAUUUGUACCUUCAUUUUUUGCCAUCCAGAUGCCCCAGAUUGUUUCGAGAUCACAACGAAUUUCCCGAAACGCGUUCUCAUAACAAGCGAUGCAAUCACCAAAGAAACCUCUAAUUCAGCAAAUUGUGAUAAUUCCAAUCAUCAUGUUUCAAGUGCCGUUCAACAACGUUCAAAUCCAGAGCAAACGACAAUGCUCGAAGCUGGACUCAAAAAUCGCGAAGUUUUAUUCAUAAAUGACCUGGAUGCGUAGAGAAUUGAUAAAUUUAACAAAACAAAUGAAAGGUACUUACACAAGAAACAAAACUUUAAGGGAAAUUUUUUUCUGCUGUCUUUUUUUCCUUCACUCUUUCUCUUACAAGACAUUCAUUUUAAUUAAAAUAUUAUAAUUAUUAUAAUUACAAAUAUUGAGACCAUUUUAUUGUUAUAAAUUUCAAGUCAAGCAAUAUUAAGCAAAUCAUUUAUUUUUAUUUUGUUUAAUUUGUUCAUCAUUAUUCAUAGAAACCAUGCUAAUAAAAUAAUACUAUGAGAAACAAUCUUCAG